AUGUAUACAAAGCUAACUACCGGUAGCAGCAAUGGGGCGAUGGAACAGCCUCCAAUUGACGAAUUUGGACCAGUCCGAGAUCGUCGAGACUUUGAGCCUCUUCAGCUAUCCUUGAAACGAAUUCUGCCUUGUCCAUCUCGCGAACUCUCAUUUUCGGUCCGUGGAGGUUGUUGGAGAUAUACUCCUUCAGUAGCAUUCGGCGACCGACUAGGGAGCAUUAGAGAGUCCUCCGCCAUGCCAUCGACAAAAAAUACCAUUUCAAAUGCUUGGGGAGAUAGUAAUUCAUCAAAUAGCUUUCAUUCGACACCAGAUGAGGAUGAGCGCCGAACGCGGAAACGGUUAUCAGGUUUGAACCUUGAAGAACACAUGAAAAGACAUAGGACUGAAGAGAAUGCUGAAGAGAAUACUAAUUCAUACACUGGAGGAAAAUCUACAACUUGUCGUACAGCUGUUACGGUUGUCUCAGAGAGCACAUCAUCCUCGUCAUCAAUACGGAAAGACGCAACUGUCAAUGCAACAGUAACUGUGGUUUCAGAUGUUGUUCCAAAAGCUGUACUUUAUUCGUUAUAUGGCAAGAGAAAAACUCAGAUUCCGAACAAGCAGUACCUUACUUGGAAUAAUGGCGCUCGGACGCACGAGCUCAAGUUCUCAGCCAUAUUCGUAUGUCCAAUAUCACGCGAAGUUUUCCUGGCGGGACGAUAUGGCUCCUUCUAUCAGCAAGACGGUUCUAUUAUUUGGUACAACAAAAAAUCGCUGGCCGAGCACGCAGUUGCUGCCCGUGCAUAUGACUGCUACAUGCUUAGAGAUGGCGAUGUAAAUUCGACGCCACUAAAACUAGGUAUUGAUCCACCAUAUCACAUACAUAAUCAGCCACCCUUGCCGAGAGAGAAAAUCCCUCGUCCCAUCCUGGCAGCUCUCGAUUCAAUGCGUAACAUGAGAUCGCCACAGCGCAAGAAUCAAAUGCCAACCGUCGUUCGGCCGACACCGCCAAACAAAAAUAUAAAUCCAUCACAAUGUCCAUUCUAA